ACCGUCUCGACUCCUCUCUUUCCCAUCCCCGAGUCCGUCCGCGGCUCGUCUCGUGCCGUCGCCGCACGCCCCCGCCCCCCUCGCGCUGCCCCCCUCCCGAAGUCUCCCCGCUCCCCCAAACCCUAGCGCCUCCCCGAUCGCGCCCCGAGCCCCAUUCCGGCAGGUUGGGGGAGGCGGCGAUGUUCUUCUCCGGUGACCCGUCGGCGCGGAGGCGGGUGGACCUCGGCGGGCGGAGCAGCAAGGAGCGCGACCGCAAGGUGCUGCUCGAGCAGACGCGCGAGGAGCGGCGCCGCCGGCAGGGCCUCCGCCUCCAGAACUCAUCCGCCACGAAGAUACAGAAAUUCUUCAGAGGUAAGAAGGCUUUGGAACUGGCACGUUCAGAAAUUCGGAAGAACUUUUGCUCUACUUUCGGGGAGCAUUGUGAGAGGAUAGACUGGAACAGCUUUGGCACUAAUUCUGACUUUCUUCGUCAAUUGCUGUUUUUCUUCAAUGCAAAUGAAGACAAUGAUGUUGCUAUACUUUGUCAAGUCUGCAAUUUUCUGCUACAAUAUGUUAAACGUGGUGGAGAUACUGUAACUCUCUUUGCUGGUGUAAAUGACUCAUCACAGCAACCACUUGUUGCUCACAGAGUAAAAAAACUUGCACUCAUCUGUGUUCAAGCAGUCUAUCAAAAGAGGCAUGAUUGGGGUAGCCAAGUUUUGACAGCACCUGGAAGCACAUCAGUGCCUUCUGUCUCAUUACUAGAAACUGUAGCUUGCUUAAUAAAUCCUAAACUUCCAUGGAACUGCAAAGUAGUUGGGUAUCUUCAGCGGAGAAAGAUCUAUUACUUAUUCCGGGGCAUUAUUAUAUCUGUACCGCAAAAGGACAGAAAUUUUGGGCAAUUUGAUAGUGCAUCUGCGCUGGAACAAGUUCUCAUGCUUGUUGCUUCACAUGUUGGCCAUCAUCCUUGUUGUUGUCCAGCAGUUGAUCCAAGAUGGAGUUUCUCCUCUCAGCUUCUGUCCAUCCCUUUUCUGUGGCAUCGUUUGCCGCAACUCAAGAAGGUUUUCACAGUUAAUGGACUCAGCAAAUAUUAUAUCCAUCAAAUAGCCUGCUUUUUGCCCAGUCUUGCUGAUGUUCUUCCAAAUGAUAUAUCAGCUAAUCAUCCAGGAUAUGCGUGUGUCCUUGCAAAUGUUCUUGAGGCUUCAACCUGGAUUUUGUCCGAUGCAAAGUUUGCUUCUGACACAGCGGCUGACAUCAUCUCCAUUUCUACGUCGUUGUUAGACACGUUGCCAGCAGUCACAUCACCUACGGAAAGGGCAGAUGAUGAUGAUGAGAUGCCUAUGGAUGUCGAUGUUAAAAAUGGUCUUGAUGUUGAUUUGGAAAGACAGAUAACUACAGCAAUUGAUUCAAAGCUACUUCAACAUUUGGUGAAUGCACUCUUCAGAGGUAGAUUAAGCACAGACCAUUCUGACCUUUCUGGACCGUCAGAUGCUGAAGUGGAUGCUGUAGGAUCUAUUUGUGCUUUUCUUCAUGUCACAUUCAACACAUUCCCUCUAGAGCGGAUUAUGACUGUGCUGGCCUACCGGACUGAAAUUGUUCCUGCACUAUGGAAUUUUAUAAAACGAUGCCAUGACAACCGAAGAUGGCCAUAUUUUUCCAAGUUUGCAUCUUCAUUACCUGCAGAUGCUCCUGGUUGGCUCCUGCCCAUGUCUGUAUUCUGUCCCAUAUACAAGCACAUGUUGAAGAUCAUUGAUAAUGGGGAGUUCUAUGAACAAGAGAAACCUCUUUCACUUAAAGAUUUGAAGUCCUUGGUUCUCAUUUUAAAGCAGGCAUUAUGGCAACUUCUGUGGGUUAUUCCUUCCUCUUCUACUCUGAAAGUGGCACCCAACCCUUCAGGCCUCAAAAAAUUGUCAGUGGAGAAUGUCAAAACCAGAGCUAGGGUUGGGUUAUCUGAACUACUCACGCAGUUGCAAGACUGGAACAGUCGACUCCCAUUCACUUCUGCAAGUGAUUUCUAUUCACAAGAAGCAACAAGUGAAAAUUUUGUGUCUCAGGCAAUACUUGGCAAUACUCGAGCAUCAGAGAUUAUAAAGCUUGCUCCUUUCUUGGCACCAUUUACUAGUAGAGUCAAAAUCUUCACUUCCCAAUUGUCAAGUUCUAGACAAUCGGCGUCACAUUCUGGAUUGACAAGACAUCGGUUCAAAAUAAGAAGAAAUCGACUUCUGGAAGAUGCUUUUGAUCAGCUAAGUUUGCUUUCUGAAGAGGAUCUCAAAGGACCGAUUCGAGUGUCAUUUAUUAAUGAGCAUGGUGAGGAAGAGGCUGGAAUUGAUGGUGGCGGAAUUUUCAAAGAUUUCAUGGAAAAUAUCACUCGAGCUGCUUUUGAUGUACAGUACGGUCUUUUCAAGGAGACAGCUGAUCAUCUUCUGUACCCAAACCCCGCAUCAGGAUUGGUUCAUGAACUACACCUGCAAUAUUUCCAUUUUCUUGGAAGUCUCCUUGGAAAGGCAAUGUAUGAGGGCAUACUUGUUGACUUGCCGUUUGCGACGUUCUUCUUGAGCAAGUUGAAACAAAAGUACAAUUUUUUAAAUGAUCUUCCUUCAUUGGAUCCAGAAUUAUAUCGACAUCUUCUAUUUUUAAAGCAUUACAACGGUGAUAUCGCAGAACUGGAACUGUAUUUUGUCAUUGUGAAUAAUGAAUAUGGUGAACAGUGUGAAGAAGAACUUCUCCCUGGUGGGAGAGACAUGCGUGUUACUAAUGAUAAUGUUAUUACUUUUAUCCAUCUUGUUGCCAAUCAUCGGUUAAACUACCAGAUCCGUGCACAAAGUACACACUUCUUGCGAGGUUUUCAACAGCUUAUACCAAAAGACUGGAUUGAUAUGUUCAAUGAACAUGAAAUUCAGGUUCUCAUAUCUGGCUCUUUAGAAAGCUUGGAUAUUGAUGACUUGCGGUCAAACACCAACUAUUCUGCAGGAUAUCAUCCGGACCAUGAGGUUAUUGAGAUGUUUUGGGAGGUCUUGAAGAGCUUCAGUUCAGACAAUCAGAAAAAAUUUCUCAAGUUUGUGACCGGAUGUUCUCGUGGCCCACUCCUUGGAUUCCAGUACCUCGAACCAAAAUUUUGCAUUCAUAGAGCUGGUGUUCCAGGCAUGGAGGAGCAUGCUGACCGCCUGCCUACAUCGGCUACUUGCAUGAACCUCCUGAAGCUUCCCCCAUAUAAAACCACGGAGCAGUUGCAGACCAAGCUGCUGUACGCCAUAAAUUCAGAAGCUGGUUUUGAUCUUAGUUGAUCGGGAUCGGGAUUCAAUAUUGUGCAGUGUAGAUAGUUGCUAGAGAACAGCCCAGGGCCAAAGCACCGCCAUCGGCCCCAUUGGAAGCCCCAUAAAGGAAAAAAAAAGCAGUUGUUUCUCAAGAGUAGGUGGAUGUCUGGAGACUGGAGGGAGGUUUCAAUAGCUGGCUGCUAACUAGGCUCCAACACAAAAUAGGCAGAUGCUGUUUAAUCAGCCAUGAACAUGUACAUAUGUAUUUUAUACAGAAACUCCUCUCCGUGCUGGUUUGUAACUAGUGGCAGCGGUACGGUACAAGUGCUCCUGCCUUUUUGUGCAGGGUUAAAGUAUGCCUGCCGCUUCGUAAAGUCAACUGGCAGGGUUUUCUCUUUUCCAGCAACAAAACGGCGACCCUGUAGGUCUUGAAGGCCCCUUCUCCAUAGCUGAAAACCCUGCAUAAGAUCUAUUGUUCUGAAGGAAAAGGAAUGGGGAAUUGAAUUUGCACAAA